CUGCUUUUUACAAGCUUUUAAAGGCGAAGGCGGCGUGUAAAAAUACAAGACCUUCAUUUUCUUCGAUGGCAUCCCUUCUCCUCCUUCCAUUUUCACUUCUUCUUCUUCUUCUUCUUCUUCUUCUUCUUCUUCUUCUUCCUUCUCUUAACUAAUCAAUAAUAGAACCAGCCAUGCCAUCCCAAUCAUCCUCUCUCACCUUCUUCAUUUCCUCUCCCUUCUGCUCCCUGUCCCUGCAAUCCCAUCAUCACAACCUCUCCGUUCCUCAUCUUCCUCCCGCUUCUAAAUUAUGUUGUACCGACAAGUUGAAUGUAUCAAAUGUUCGCAUAGGCGUGUCCAGGUUGCGACCUAGUGCUCUCCUGGUUAAGGCUUUUGAUGGGGAUGUGUCUGAUUUUUCUUCAUUCGAUAACUGGGGUAGUGAUGGGGCGGCUGGAUUUAUUAUUUCGUCAAGUGAUGGUGAAGAUGGUGAUCCAGAUUAUGUUCUGAAUCCAGUUAGUGAUGUUGAUCUGCCAUCAGUGCAUACAUCAAGUAAUGAUGCUCUAACAAUGGGUGCUCAUAGGUUUGGAAUGAUAGGAAGAGGGCACAAAACACACAGGAUCAGACAUGGACUGUUUAUCACUUUGGGACUGAUAGCCUUCCUGACAGUGCUACUUUUAUUUGUGGACUGUUGUGCAUGGAAGAUUGUUAGACUACCCUUGGCUCCAUUUUACUUGACCCGUCCCUUUUUCAUAUCAGCAGCGUUGGUCUCAUUUGCAGGUUAUAUUUGCGUCCCACUGCUCAGAAGUCUGAAGUUUCAUCAAAUUCUUAGGAAAGAGGGACCAGCUUUGCACUCCAGUAAAAGCACAACCCCAGUAAUGGGUGGAUUAUUUUUCAUACCAAUUGGUGUAGCUGUUGCAACUAUCAUAGCUGGUUUUUCUUCUACUGAAGUUUGUGCAGCAGCAGCCUCAACCCUUGCAUUUGCUGCAAUAGGACUUCUUGAUGACAUCUUGACCAUCAUAAAGAAACAUAAUAGUGGUUUAUCUGCAUGGUUAAAGUUGUUUUUGGAGGUAGCUGUUGGUUCCGGCUUCUCAUUUUGGGUGGAGGCUUCAACUAUAUCAUCACCUUAUGGCAUGAAAAUGUUGGUUCCUUUACCUGCUCCACUUGGCCUGGUGUAUUUGGGAAAAUUGUAUUUAUUGUUGACUUCAUUUUCCUUUGUUUCAAUGGGAAAUGGAGUCAACUUGACAGAUGGUCUUGAUGGGCUGGCUGGAGGGACUGUCGCAUUGGCUUUUCUUGGAAUGUCAAUUGCAGUACUCCCUAUUUGUUCAGAGCUUGCUAUAUUUGGAGCAUCAAUGGCAGGAGCUUGCAUUGGUUUUCUGUUGUUCAACCGUUAUAGGGCAUCUGUAUUUAUGGGUGAUACGGGAUCCUUGGCUCUGGGUGGGGCACUGGCUGCAAUGGCUGCUUGCACUGGAAUGUUUCUUCCAUUGUUCAUUUCAUCUGGUAUCUUUGUCAUGGAAGCCUCAUCGGUUAUUAUGCAGGUACUUUUUUGUUGAGGCUUAAUCUCUUUAUGCAGAUUGCUGAUAAUUUGUCAGACUUGUUCUUGUCAUCACAUAAGAAUUGCACAUUUCAAAUCAGUUCGUUUAGGCAGCUUCUGAAAUUUUACAACUUGGAUCUCUUAGUGUUGCACUUCUUUCUAUAAUGUCUAUUCACCACCAUAGUGGGAAAGGAAAGUGGACAGUUAAUAAUGUCUCUUAUGGUCAUUCACUAUUUCCUAUCCCGUCACCUGUUCUUUGCAACAGGCUUCUGCAGUUUUUAGUACUUUCUUUAUUCUUCUGUUGUCAGUUGUUUUCUUAUGAUAUAUAUGUGGUAGUUAUUCUGAAGAAAAAAAGCAGAUCUACCCUCACCAUGAAACUGGAGUUUAGCAGCAAGAAAUGGCAGUUAAAUGC